UCUUUCGGCGUUGACCAGUCAUGAGCUUCACCUGGACAAAGGGUCACCGUGGCUUAUGGGUUUGUCCAAAGUAACCUUAUCCGCGCUGAGUCCUUAUGAAUGAUGUGUUCUGAGACUGAGUAGUGGUCCUCGAGAAAACGAGUGCAGAUUGUGAAUGAAAGAAAGAAAUGGAGGAUACUAUAGACAAUUGUGUUCACAUCAAGACUGAGCCAGCCGAUGAGGAAUUUGAACCACAGAAUACUGGACAAGAUUGUGGCCAGUAUUCUGAGAGAGAACCAGUUCUGUCCAUUGAGACACAAAACUGUGGUGAUUUCAGUUCAAAUGUAGGAUAUAUCAAAACUGAGUCAAGUGAACAAAACUUCCAUCAUGUUGACAGAAUAGAUAUGAAUGAAAAAGAGGACUGUCCUGACCUUGAUGUGGCAAAGAUUAAAUCUGAGUCUGAUGAGGAGUUAGCACUAAAAGAUGAGCCUGAUUCAUCUCCUUAUACAAGCCAACCAGAGGAUGAUGUGGGUUUGUUUUUAGAUCGAGAUGCUGGUCACUGGGCACCCACGACACAAGGGGAUGGUGUUGGAUUGCCUUCUGAUGGAGAUGCUAGUCACUGGGAGGAGCUCAAACUCAAAGAUGAGCCGAUAUCACCACCCAGGCCAGUGCAAGAGAGUCUAAUACCAGCAACUGGGAAUCGCGGUCUGUUGAGAAUAGAUGUUGAGGAUCCGCUCCAUCCUGUUCAAAGUGGGAUAGUCAAGCAGGAACCUGAAGAAGAGGUGGAACUGGAUGAUCAGAAAGCUCUUAAUUUUGAUGUGGCGAAUGUUAAGCAUGAGCCAUUGUCUGCUUCAUGUACUGGCCAAUUAAAGAGUUCUUGUGAAGCUGGAGGAAAAAACAUCGUUGCAGCCACAUCAUUGAGCCAACAUGAUGCCCUUAAGAGUCUUCACGACAUGAACAGCUCUUCAUCGAAAAGACCCGGUGAUGUUACAGUUCAUGAACGUAUUCAGACAGGGGUGAGACAAUUCAGCUGUGACCAGUGCGGUGAAGCCUAUAGGUGCUACAAAUACUAUAAAAUGCAUCAGCGUGUACAUACAGGAGAAAAAACCUUCAAAUGUGACUUUUGUACCGAAGUGUUCAGCCGGUUUAUCUCUCUUAAACAACAUAACCUUGUUCACUCGUCCCAGUCCUUCAAGUGCGAUAGCUGUGAGAAAGCAUUCAGAAGCCAAACUGAACUUACUGCUCAUAGACGUACUCAUAAAAGACAAUAUACCUGCAGUGAAUGUGAUAAGGUAUUCUCUUUGAAAUCUUUACUAGAUGUUCAUAAACACAUUCAUUUUAAACGUGGAGAGAAACUGUCGAUAUUUGAGUGUAACCGAUGCGGUGAAACAUUCAGUCAUUUGACUGAGUACAAUAAUCAUCGGCGCGUUCAUAAACACGAAAAACGUUUAAAAUGUUCCUCUUGCAAUAAACUAUUUCGGUAUCCGAAUGAGCUUAUUAGACAUGAACGUAUUCAUACUGAUGAAAAACCAUUCAAGUGCGAUCAGUGUGACCAUGCCUUCAUAAGCCAGGCUGCCCUUAAUGUCCACAAACGUAUUCAUACAGGAGAAACACUGUUUACUUGUCGGCACUGUGGGGAAGUUUUAAGAUACUCUCAUGAGCUGGUAAGACAUGAAUAUCUUCAUUCAAAAGAAAAACAAUUGAAGUGUGAUUUGUGUGAUGAAGCUUUCAGAUAUUGGAAUGAACUCACCAGACAUAAACGCUUGCAUUCAGGCGGGACGCCAUUUGCCUGCGACCAGUGUGAUAAAGCAUACAAAAGCAACGGUCUCCUUGUUCAACAUAAAUGUAGUCAUCAUGGCGAAAGGUCAUUUCAAUGUGACAAGUGUGAUAAAGCAUUUACACGGAAGAGUCUUCUGAUUCCUCAUCAACGUAUUCAUACAGGAGAAAGACCAUUCAAAUCCAUGAAGAGGAAAUAAUCUUAACAAGAACCAAGUGUGACCUCAUUUUUGAUAGUCAUUUGUUUCCACAUAAUUUUGAAAGUGUACCUGAUCCCGGCCAGAGAUCCCGGGUGUGUCGUGAAUUUUGACUCCAGACUACAGUCUCAAUACCCCAGUACCUACAGUCCCAAUACCCCAAAUAAAAUACCCAGAUAAGUAUGUAACACAUAACCACAGAAUUCAAGAGGAUAUUUCUCUCCCAAUGUCUGCAUGAUGUCAA